AUGAGGAUGAACCUAGUGAUGAGGAGCAUCCUGGUGAUGACAUCGAUGGAGUUCUUGCAGACAAUUCGCCCUACCCAGAAUCGUCUUCCUACUAGGAUCGUGAGGAGAUUCAAGAGGAGGACCCUACUGAGUCAGAGUCAUCCCCAAAGAUUGUUGUCCCACUUCCCCCCAUCCUUUCUCAGUACUCAUGCUCUUGGAUGUAGAAUUACCACUACCCCUAGAAAAUCUAUUCCCAUCCCAUCCUACAAGAGGGAAGCCUUACCAUCAUCAUCCACGAAUCCAUCAAAUAUACUAUCUCCAUCCACAAAUGGAUGCCCCAGGUGGACGAGUGGAUCCAAGAGGAUAGUAUUGGCCUUUAUGAGAUCAAAGAGUCAUCCCAGGCACCGAGGUGCGAUCCUAUCCCAGAGUUGCAUGACACAAGGAUCACAUACAUCAGGUGAAGGAGGAUCGGGACUCCCUAAGGAGGGAGGUUAG